GGAGAGACCUAUAGGGGGAUUAACAAGGAACCAGUUCUUCCUCAUUGCCUUCACUUGCAGCUUUGCAUACUAUGUCUUCCCAGGCCACCUCUUCCCAAUGCUAACUUCUCUUUCCUGGCUAUGUUAUUUAUUUCCCAAUUCCAUCCUAGCCCAACAACUAGGCUCAGGCCUCCAUGACCUUGGGAUUGGUGCACUCGGAUUCGAUUGAUCCAGCAUAUCCUCUUACCUUGGGAGCCCACUUGCUAGCCCAUGGUUUGCCACUGCCAACAUUGCUCUUGGGUUUGUGCUUAUAAUGUAUGUCAUGACUCCAAUUACUUAUUGGCUUAACAUCUUCAAUUCCAAGACUUUCCCUAUUUUCUCAGAUGGACUAUUCACAUCCACUGGUCAAGAUUACAAUAUCAGUGCCAUUGUGGACCCUGACUUCCAUAUUGGCUUCGAGGUUUAUGAGAGGGAGGGUCCUCUUUAUCUCAGCACCUCGUUGGCUAUGACCUAUGCUCUCAGUUUUGCUUGCCUCACUGUCACUGUUGUUCAUGUCUUCCUUUUCCAUGGAAGUGCUCUCUCUAAGUUGAACCCACUUUUUACAUGGUUAUAGAGAAUUGUAGCAGCAAAGCAAGUAUGCUUUCCAAGAAAACAAGAUUGAUGUGCACACAAAGUUGAUGAGAAAGUACAAACAAGUUCCAGAAUGGUGGUUCAGUUGCAUCCUCCUGAUAAACAUGACAGCAGCCAUAUUUACAUGUGAGUACUUCAAGGAUCAACUUCAGCUGCCAUGGUGGGGAGUCUUGCUGGCAUGUGGCCUCGCCUUCUUUUUCACCCUUCCCAUUGGUGUCAUCACUGCCACAACAAACCAGACACCAGGGUUAAAUGUGAUUACAGAAUAUAUCAUUGGGUAUAUGUAUCCAGGAUAUCCAGUUGCCAACAUGUGCUUCAAGGUGUAUGGGUUUAUUAGUAUGAAGCAAGGGAUCACCUUUCUCCAAGACUUCAAGCUUGGGCAUUACAUGAAAAUUCCUCCUAGGACAAUGUUUAUGGCCCAGGUAGUAGGAACUCUUGUAUCAGCACUGGUACACUUAACAACAGCAUGGUGGCUCAUGGACACCAUUCCAAACAUCUGCAACAGGUCCCUCCUCCCCCCUAGCAGCCCCUGGACAUGUCCGAGCGACCACGUCUUCUACGACGCCUCAGUCAUCUGGGGCCUAAUCGGUCCACGUAGAAUCUUCGGAGACCUAGGCUACUACUCUUCCAUCAACUGGUUUUUCUUAGCAGGGGCUAUAUCUCCCCUUCUAGUCUUUCUUGCACACAAGGCCUUCCCAAACCAGCACUGGAUUCGACUCAUUACCAUGCCAGUGCUUUUAGGUGCAUCAAUCUGGAUGCCUCCAGCUACUGCUGUGAACUACACGAGUUGGGUUGUGAUUGGUUUUUUGUCUGGUUUUGUUGGGUAUAGGUAUUGCAGGAGUUGGUGGAGCCGCCAUAACUACUUGCCUUCAGGGGCACUUGAUGCUGGGUUAGCUUUCAUGGCUGUGUUGUUGUAUUUGUGUUUGGGGAUGCAGGGUGUUGAGCUUAGCUGGUGGGGCAGUGACCCAGAUGGGUGUCCCUUGGCUUCUUGCCCUACUGAGGUAGGGAUUGUGGUUAAAGGCUGCCCCACUUAUGUUGGGUAAUAUGUGAGUAGGUGUUUCCAAUUAAUGACUCAUUGGAAAAUUUUAUGCGUGGGACGUGCUUUUUGUUAAAUAGUC